AUGACGAUGAAAUUCAGAAUAAGAUUGAGAGGAUUAUUCAAUUUUUUGGGAUUGAAGAAAUGGAGAAUGGAAAAGAAAGCAGAAGUAUGCCAUGUCAACGCCGACGCAAAGAACAGGGAUAUUAACAACAGGAUAACAGAUGGAACGCUGCUGGGCAACGCAAUACUAUUGCACAAAGACGCACCUGAGAUUGAUUCAGCUGCAGAUAAAAAACUAAACUGGCUGCGUGCAAAAACAAUUGGUAACGGUGCAGAGAUUUACACUCCCUUUGGAAAACGUAAACUCACUUAUGCAGAUCAUACUGCCACGGGACGCUGUCUUCUUUACAUAGAAGAGUACAUCAUGCGGACUGUUCUUCCCUUUUAUGGCAACACACACACCAGUGAUAGCUACGUUGGUGAUCGAACCUCAAAUGUUUUUCACGAAGCAAAUGAAUAUAUCAAGCAUUGUUUAGGUGGGACACAAGACGAUGUACUCUUUUUCUGUGGGUCAGGCACUACGGCAGCAAUAAAGCGGCUACAAGAAGUAAUGGGAAUUGCAGUUUCACCAAUUCUGAAACAAAAAGUACUAAAUUCUUGUCUACAAAAUGAAGAAAGAUUGGUAGUUUUUGUUGGUCCUUAUGAGCACCACUCUAACCUCCUCUCUUGGAGGCAGAGUCUAGCUGAAGUAAUAGAAAUCAGUUUGGAUAAUCAAGGAUUAAUCAACAUGGAUGAUUUAAAGUUCCAGUUACAGUACUUUCAAAGCACUGGGCGCCCAAUGCUCGGUUCAUUUUCUGCUUGUAGUAAUGUCACUGGAAUUUAUACUGAUACUCGUUCUAUAUCUCGCUUGCUUCAUCAGUUUGGAGCCUUUGCAUGCUUUGAUUUUGCAGCAAGUGGUCCAUACGUAGAGAUUGACAUGAGGUCUGGUGCGGUUGAUGGCUAUGAUGCCAUAAGUUUAAGUCCACACAAGUUUCUCGGAGGACCUGGAUCACCAGGGAUUCUUCUUAUGAACAAGGCCUUAUACCGACUCAAAGGUUACCCCCCUUCAACAUGCGGAGGUGGUACUGUCAACUACGUCAAUCGGUUUGAUGAAAAAGACACGUUGUACAUAAAUGAUAUCGAAGAAAGGGAAGAUGCUGGGACACCACAAAUCAUUCAACGAGUUAAAGCGGCUCUAGCCUUUCAGGUUAAAGAAUACAUUGGAUAUAAAACAAUAGCAGAGAUAGAGCAUAGAUACACUGCAAAGGCAUUAGAGAGACUUUCAAAAAAUCCAAACAUAUGGGUCUUGGGAAAUACUAAAGUCGACCGACAAGCAAUCAUCUCCUUCCUCGUGCUCACAACUACAAGUGCAUCAGAUGUUGGGCACGUGGAUGGCAAAGCAGAUGAGGGAAUUGAUAUGCAGAGGAAGAAAGAUAAUAAGAGAAUCAAGCCUCUUGACGGGGCUUUUGUUGUUAAGCUGCUAAAUGACCUCUUUGGCAUCCAAGCUCGAGGAGGAUGCUCUUGUGCUGGACCGUAUGGACACCAAUUGCUUGGCAUGACUGAACCUCUUUCGCUUGCAAUAAGAUCUUCGAUUGAAAAGGGCUAUAUUGGAACUAAGCCAGGGUGGGCAAGAGUAAGCUUCCCCUACUACAUGUCUAACGAAGAACACAACUUUAUACUUUCUGCGAUAGAAUUUGUGGCAACUUAUGGACAAAGGUUUCUUCAACUUUACGAGUUCAAUUGGAAUAAAGGCUCUUGGAAGUUUAGUGAUAGCGCUUUGGAAAUGACUUCCCCAAAGAAAAAGGAUUCUAAACUAUGUACCUUAAAUCUAAACAAACUUAGAGACACAACUACCCGGAAGAUAAAACAGAUGAUAGAAUGUAUAACAACAGAUGAUGAUGUAUUUGCAUAUUAUCUGGAGAUUGCUAAGCACGUAGAGAACAUACUCCCAACGUUCCCUCGUCACACUAGUAUUCCAGAAGGUGUAAAUCCUAACAAUGUAUGGUUUGAAGUAUAG